AGAAGGAAUCGAGCGAGUGAGAGAAUCUCGCCUCCUUGUCGCGCUCGAUCGCCAUCGCUCGCUCUCGAUGGCGGAGGAAGGAGAAGAAGUCAAGGGCGACGAGGUGAAACAAGGGGAGCAACAAAUGGAGAAGAAGGAGGAGGUAUCGCCGCAAACGACAACGACGGAUCUUUCCACAUCGGAGGGGACUAAGGAUGAGGCGCCCCAGGCCGAGGAAAGGCACCAAGUCAUGUUUCACAUCGAGGAAACGAUGGAGGAGAUUGGUGAUCUCCAGUCAGAGAACAAGGUGCUGGAGAAACGCCUGCUGGCUCUGCAGAAGCGACGCUCGACAAUUGGAACCAAGCUCUUCCUCGAAGGUGCCGAGACACUGUAUCAGGCUCGGUUGACUCAAUGGAAGAAUCUCAAGGAAGAGAUCGACCGGCUGGUUCUCGAGUACGACGAGAGGAUUGAGGACAUGCAAGAGCAAGUGAGGGAGAAGCAAGAGGAAGCCAAAGCGAUGCGCUCCGAGUUUCUGGCCUACAAGUGGCAGAUGGCUAGGGAAGCCGAACACAGCAUAACUGGAAAGCCUCUGAAGCCUAAGCUACUCGCAAAGCUCCAAGCCGAAGAAAACGAUCUGGAUGCAGAGAUUGAAACUCUGAGGAUUCAGGGGAAGCAGCUCAAGACUCAGCUGAAAAAGCUGGAGCAGGCAUUAUGGAAGAAGGAACAGCUACCUGGCGGCCUUCACUUGGUCGACUUCGAGCAGCUCAAAAUCGAGAAUGAGUCACUCAACGAGAAGCUAUCGAAGAAAAAUGACGAGCUCUUCCAGCUCAAGAAAAAGAGCACGCAUGUAGUUCACGUGCUCACUCAUGUUCGUGAGAAGCUCCAGUACGUCCAGAAGGAGACCGAGACUGAUGCAAAAGCUUUAGAGACUGUGGACUCUGAAUUGCUGGCCAAGCGAAAAGAACUGCACAGGGUGAAGGCUAUGUGCAAAACUCUCCGAGCUAAGAUGGCAAAGAUGCAGGAGGAUAUCGUAAAUGUGACAAACCCCGCGCUGCUGGACGACUUGGAGCUCCACAAAGAAAACGUGGAGGCGUUUGAGAGGAAGCUCCGAGAGCUCAAGGGGCGGCACGCCGUGCUGACGAAGAAGAACAAGGAGCUCCACCGGCAGCUCCAGGACUCGCUCACCAUGGGCAAUUACGUGAUCGGCAAUCCCAUGCAAGCCGAGACCACUGGCCCGACCAACAGCUUGAGGUGGGGAUCCAAACGCGACGUGCUCAAGAAGAAAUUCUCGGGAGCUCUCAAUCACAUAUGAUCGUCCAACAAAGCUCGUUCGCUUGGAACUCAGGUACUUCUUUUUCUUGGAGUCAAGAAAAAGAAGAUAAAUGUGCUGGAAGAGAUUUACCGCUGCUACCGUACUCCAUUUACUGCGAUGGUGCUAAGCUUUUGCCAGGGCCUAGCUAGCCAUCGCGCGAGCUAUGGAAGAAAAGAAAAACUAAAUAACAGUACCAGGUACUACUGUUGCUACUGCUGCUCGAGGAGAAAGUUUUCCACAUUCCACCAAUUCCCGCGUUGGUCUUGUUCGUUCUCCUCGGAAUGGUGGACGAAUGGAUCCAAAAAAUCCAAGCCAACGGUGUGCUGCGCUGCUGCUGCUACUGUCAAUCGAAUUUUGUGGAGUGGAAUCGCUCCGCUGCUAGCCAUCUCGAUCAAUCGCCUCUAGCACUCUGCAAAUUUAAUGGACUGGUGGUCACUGUGUUUGUAGCAAGACACUAAACGCUCGCACGAACGAGUCGUCGAUAAUGCGAUUGCGUUGAGAUUCCCUCC